AUGUUUAACAAAGAUCGUCUUGAGUCUGGCGAAGGAACCUCCAGCUUUGCUGAGUCUGGCGAAGGAACCUCUGGCUUUGCUGAGGCUGGCUUGUAUGUCCCUUUGUGCCGCAUUGACCUUGCUAAUGACACUUCCAAUGUAGCUAAACUCAAUAGGCCUGAUCGAGAGGGGCAUCGUCCAGAUCGGCUUGAGUCUGGCGAAGGAACCUCCAGCUUUGCUGAGUCUGGCGAAGGAACCUCUGGCUUUGCUGAGUCUGGCUUUGAUAGAGAUUUCAUCCGUACUGUUGGCGCCCAGGACUUUGGUCUUGGAUGUACUGAUGGUAAGGCCCACCUUACUGGCAAAGUUGCUCAACCUAUCGGUUUUCUGCUGAGGGUGAGUUGGCGUGGUGGACAGCACAUCAAGGUCACCAGCGAUGUCUUCAAGCUAGGAGAAUGGGUCCACUGGAUGCCUCUGGGCCUGUCGCAGGUGUUCUUCAUCACCCAGUCGAUGGUGACCAGGAAGAGGAUCGGGGAGAUGAUACAUCCCUGCCGCACGCCAGACCUCAACGGAAACCAUUCUGACAGCUGUCCAUCAACUAUGACACUCUCCAUUCAAACUUUUAGUAGAAAAGUCGUGUCAAAAAGCAUAGAAGAAAACUUCAACGUGUUGCAUAUACGCAAUCCAAGCAUGUUCGCAGGUGUGAUGCUACUUGCUGCAUGCGUGACGUCAAGCGUUGCCUAUUCUGUGCCGGUGGUUCAGAAGGCGGUAUGGGGGAAGGUUCCCAAACAGACAAUGCAGGGUGAAUGUACCUUUAUCAUAGGAGAGUUCCAGAGACAAGGCGAUUGGCAUGUCAACAUCACACUGUCCAAGGCCACCCAGUCCAUAACUAUGUAUAUCAUGAAUGUAACGUCGCAGCACAAAAAAGGAAAAUGGUAUUACGGAGAAAAUCGGUAUGAACAUGGACCUCAGACACUCAGCAUGCAGUUCCAAAUUAUGUUCAAGUCCAGACGCCCACCUCAGGGAAUGUGUAUUACAAAUCUCCCUAGUCCAACGACAGCUCCAACAUCUAUGGAGACGUCAACAGCACAUCAGCCUUCAACAACGACCACGAUGUCAACGACACAACCCUCAACAAUGACUGAGACGUCAACAACACUAUCCUCAACAACGACCAUUUGGGUCGGUGCCAUUGACUACAUAGGUGCCAAUGGUCGACUGUACAGAAUCAGCAACUAUAAUGAGGAACACCCGCCCGCCCUAUCCUUUGACUUUAUCGUAGAGUACUCCUCACUGACCUUUCCGUCUGGUACCUGUUCAUUGGACACCGCUGGUCAGACAAUGUCUACCCGUCCGGUCACUACGGCCUCAUAUCCGACAUCCACACAGUCAAUAUCUACGUCAUCCUCGUCGACUGUGUCACCUUCUCAGUCGUCUACAUUUAUAACGACGGAACAAAGUUCCACUACAGAGGGUGGAAACGGACCGACUUCCACAACCCCAGAGCUGAAUACCAAGUACGAUUAUGGAAGGGUAUUGGAAGACUCCAUUUUGUUCUACGAAGCUCAACGAUCUGGUUUCCUUCCGGUUGAUAACCGCAUACAUUACAGAAAAGACUCCGCCACAUAUGACGGAAGUGACGUAGGCUUGGACUUGACGGGAGGAUGGUAUGAUGCUGGUGAUCACGUGAAGUUUAACUUCCCCAUGGCAGCAUCUACCACCAUUUUGGCGUGGGGACUGUCUGAGUGGAGAGGAGCUUACAUGGCAUCUGGUCAGCUCGGAAGCAUGCUGGAUUCCAUCAAGUGGCCCUUGGACUACUUUCUCAAGUGUUGGAGGGCCUCAUCACAGGAAUACUACGCUCAGGUGGGGAACGGUGGUCUAGACCAUUCUUUCUGGGGUCGUCCGGAGGAAAUGACCAUGCAAAGGCCGUCUUACAAGGUAACUACGUCCAAUCCCGGAAGUGACGUAGCAGCAGAAACUGCCGCAGCUUUAGCUAUUGGAGCUUACGUUUUCAAGCGUGAAGGAAACACUGCUUACGCCAAUGAACUGCUGUCGGCAGCCGAAACUCUAUAUACCUUUGCCAACACGUACAAGGGAAAAUACAGUGAUGCCAUAAAAGAUGCAAGAAACUACUACAACUCACACAGCGGCUAUGACGACGAGCUAUGCUACUCCGCCGCCAUGUUGUACAAGGUCACAGGAAAACUCGAGUACCUCGAACAAGCAGAGACCAUCUUUAUUCAGUCACAAAACAAAAAACCUUGGUCUUUUUCCUGGGACGAUAAGACCGUUGGAUGUCAGGUUCUGUUAUUUGAGGCUACAGGGAAAGCUGUCUACCGGAACCUUGUGGCGUCGUUCUUACAAUCCUACAUGGCCGGCGGUGACGUUCAUCAUACCCCAAAGGGUCUGGCAUGGCGGGACCAGUGGGGCGCCCUCAGAUAUUCAGCCAACUCUGCUUUCAUCGCACUAAUGGCGGCCAAGACUGGGAUAGCUGACAGCCCCGCCCUGGUGACGUCAUACAGAGACUACGCCCGUGGUCAGCUCCAUUACAUGCUCGGGGAGAACGAGAUUAACCGUAGCUACGUCAUUGGCUUUGGUAAUAAUUUCCCGACACAACCUCAUCACAGGUCAAGUUCCUGUGAUGACCUACCGGCACCAUGUAACGACAGUAACCAGUACCGAGCCGGGCCUAGUCCUCAAAUCCUGUACGGAGCUCUUGUGGGCGGUCCUGGCCGGAAUGGACAAUUUACGGACAGACGCAGUGAUUACAUUCAGAAUGAAGUCGCGUGUGACUAUAAUGCCGGAUUCCAAUCUGUCGUGGCAGGUAUCCUGGACCUGGCUCUCCCCUGAAAUGAGAAGUAGUUCUGCCAAUAAUUCAGAAAUGUGAGCAAUGAACAUUUGGACAGCGGAACUCUCAUUUGUUGUGAUAUCUGCUAUAUUAUGUAGAUGAUAACAUGCUAUUUAAUGUUUGUCGACUCGACAUGUACAGUUUAUAUUUUAUUGUAAUAAAAAUAUGAUAGAAG